AUGGCAAAAACCCUAAAUGUGAUCAAACUCACAACCAUUCUCUCACUAGUAGUUUUUCUGCUGCUGGCCCUUCAUACCGAAAGGGCAGCAUCGUCAUUCGAAGAUGAUCAGGCCGAAAACGAUGACGAAGAAGAAGCGUACGUGCUCGAUUCUUAUAAACUCACAACCAUUCUCUCACUGGUGGUCUUUCUGCUGCUGGCCCUUCAUACCGAAAGGGCGGUAUCGUCAUUCGAAGAUGAUCAGGCCGAAAACGACGACGAAGAAGAAGCGUACGUGCUCGAUUCUUGCGGCUAUGGGAAGCAGUGCUGCGGCGGAGUUUGCACCGAUGUUUUGAAGAACGCCAAAAACUGCGGCAAGUGCGGUAAGAAGUGCCGCCGUGGGGUUAAGUGUCAAUAUGGUUUCUGUGGGUAUGCAUGA